UUGUAUCAUUUUAAAAUGUCCCUUCGUAAAGUAUCAGAUUGUUGUGAUGAUCUUGCCACCUGCUGUAUUGGAGAACAAGAAAAGCUGGACUGUCACGCAAAAUCAGCUGAUCAGAAAUCAGCUGAAUUUAAAAUGGCGAAAAGCUGCAAUGACAAAAAGAAAAAAUGCACCAAAAACCAAGAAUGUUGUGAUGAAAAGAAAGACAACUGCUGCGAUGACAAGGCAGAGGGCUGUUCCAAAAAGGAACAAUGUUCUGAUGAUAAAAAUAAGUGCUGCGAUGUCAAGAGCAAAUGUUGUGAUGACAAAAAGAUAAGUAAGAAUGACAAGAAGAAUUGCUGCGAUGAUGAAGGAAUAUGUGGGGAUGACAAUGAAGCUUGCUGUGAUGAGGGCAAAGAAGGUUGCAAUGAAGACGACAAAUGUUGUAAAUCCGUGAAAUGUGAAUGAAGAUUCUAAUUUUAAUUGAUUUUACAAAUGUAAAUGUGGAAAUGUUAAUUCAGCAACCCACAAAUUUUAAUCACAUUAUCUACAUUUAAUAAUUUUCUAUUUAUAUACUAGACUAUAUAUUAUAAUGGUUUGAUCUGUAUAUUCUAAAAUAUAUGAUUUAUUUAUUAAAAAAAUUUAAAUUUU